AUGGUUUCAAUUAAGUCGCCGUCUCUGGUGCCGGUGUCCUGCGCACAGGCUCUGCUCGGUGUGGGCUGUUUGGCUGUCGCCCUCCUCGCUUUCCUGCUGGUUCGCCAGCUCGUCAAGCAGAGAAGGCCCCCGGGGUUUCCUCCUGGUCCAUCUCCCAUCCCUGUGAUAGGGAACAUUCUGUCGCUGGCCACCGAGCCGCACGUCUUCCUCAAGAAGCAGAGUGAAGUUCAUGGACAGAUUUUUAGUCUUGACCUGGGAGGCAUCUUGACUGUGGUAUUGAAUGGAUAUGACUGUGUCAGGGAAUGCCUUUACCAUCAGAGUGAGGUGUUUGCUGAUCGCCCAUCGCUGCCUUUAUUCAAGAAAAUGACCAAAAUGGGUGGCCUUCUUAAUUGUAAAUAUGGCAAAGGCUGGAUUGAACACCGUAAACUGGCUUGCAACUCUUUCCGUUACUUCGGCAGUGGCCAGAGGCUGUUUCAGAGGAAGAUCUCAGAGGAGUGCAUGUUCUUUGUCGACGCCAUCGAUGAACACAAGGGAAAGCCCUUCAACCCCAAACACCUUGUGACCAACGCGGUGUCCAACAUCACCAACCUGAUCAUUUUUGGACAGCGUUUUACUUACGACGACCGCAACUUCCAGCACAUGAUUGAGAUAUUCAGUGAGAACGUGGAGCUCGCAGUGAGCGGCUGGGCCUUCCUCUACAAUGCCUUCCCUUGGAUUGAGUAUGUGCCCUUUGGAAAACACCAGAAGCUGUUCCACAAUGCUGCCGAGGUUUAUGACUUCUUACUGCAGGUUAUAAAGGGUUUUUCACAGGGCAGGGUGCCACACGUACCUCGUCACUAUGUUGAUGCAUAUUUGGAUGAAUUGGAGCAGAAUGCAGGAGACUCCAGUUCCACCUUUUCCUAUGAAAACCUCAUCUAUUCAGUUGGAGAGCUCAUUAUUGCUGGCACAGAGACCACGACUAACACCCUGCGCUGGGCCAUGCUGUACAUGGCCCUCUACCCCAACAUACAAGAGAGGGUGCACAGAGAGAUCGACAGUGUCCUGGCGAACGGGAGGGCACCCACGUUGGAGGACAAACAGAAGAUGCCCUACGUGGAGGCUGUGCUGCACGAGGUCCUUCGCUUCUGCAACAUCGUCCCACUUGGUAUUUUCCGUGCCACCUCCCAAGAUGCAAAAGUCAAUGGUUACACAAUUCCCAAAGGCACCAUGGUGAUCACGAAUCUCUACUCAGUGCACUUUGAUGAGAAGUAUUGGAACGAUCCAGGUGUUUUCUCACCACAGAGGUUUCUGGACAGCAAUGGCAACUUUGUGAGGCGCGAGGCUUUCCUUCCUUUCUCCAUGGGGAGGCGUCAUUGCUUGGGUGAACAACUGGCCAGGAUGGAGAUGUUCCUCUUUUUCACCACUUUGCUCCAGAGGUUUCAUCUUCAGUUCCCUCCAGGAACCGUUCCCACUCUCACUCCCAAACUGGGCAUGACCUUACAGCCCAAACCUUACUCCAUCUGUGCUGUCCGCAGGCAACAGAAAGUUCCCUGCUCGAGAGACACUCCUUAUCACAAGUAG